AUGGUGCCAUCUCUCAGGAACCGCCAGAAAAAGAAUGAGGAAGCAGUUGAAAGUGCCUCCCAUACAGAAAAUUCUAUUGUGAAGUCCAAGCGCGCACCUGUCUCAAAGGAACCGAAAUCUCGAAAGAAAGUGAAGAAAGAGGAAUCAAAAGACAAUACAGAAAAAAAUGAGGAGGAAGUCGAAAACGAAACCGAAUCAGAGAAGAAAACGAAGACAAAGACUAGUAUCAAACAUGAGGCAUCGGCCGACGGACCAGUCAAGAAGAUUGAUAAAGAGUACCAGCAUUGGCUAAUGAAAGCAGAACCAGAUAGUCGAGUGGUGAAAGAUAAGGAUGUCAAGUUCAGUACCUCGCAAUGGGACGGCGUGCGUAACUUUGAGGCCAGGAACAUGAUGAGGGACAGGAUGAAAGUUGGUCAUAAGCCUGGAGUAGCUGGAAUAGCAGAGAUCGUAAAGGAAGGCUAUGUAGAUUACACUGCCUUCGAUCCAAAGCAUCCUUACUUUGAUCCCAAAUCGGAAGAAUCAAACCCCAAGUGGUACAUGGUGGAUGUCAAAUUCGUUCGAAAACUCAAUAGGUUGAUUCCUCUCAAAGAACUUCAAUCCUACAAGGAGCUGAGUGACAUGGUGUUGAUCAGGCGUGGGCGUCUUUCAGUGCAACCAGUCAGUAAAGAAGAGUACGAUUUCAUCUUGAGUGUGGAGAACAAAGAUGAUGACUAG